AUGCCUAAUGAUGCUAUUGUACCAUAUGAAGAAAAUCCAAAUCAUAUGAUUAUUUGGCUGGAUGAACAUAUCGGAGAUCCUAGUAGAUAUCAACAUUUAAAAAAAACAUUUUCAACUCAAAUGGAUCCCCAAUGUGAAACAACAGUGGAUUUAGUGGGUGCAGAUUAUGCCGAAAUACUUAGUGUAGAAGGUCCUUUGCCAAUACAUUUCGAAGGUGUUCAUUUUUUAUUGGCAGCAUUCACUAAUAUUGAAAGCUGUAUCAAUUGUUUUGAACACAAUCAAGAUAAACGAAUUUUUUUUAUUACAUCAGGAUCAUUGGGAAGAGAAGCUGUGCCAAUAGUUCUAGAAAGAUUUAAAAAAACAUUUACUGAUCCAAUCACUGAUGAACCAUACACGUCAAUUUAUGUUUUUUCUAAUAAUAUUGCCGACGAUCGUGAUUGGGCGCUUGAUUACUGUGAUUAUAUUCAAAUUUUCGACUUCGAUGCAAAUUUAUUAAGUCGUAUGGUGCAUGAUGCUGGUGAUUAUUAUUUUAUUGAAGGUAAACGUCUAUUAGAUGAAAGUCCUCCAAAUACUGCAGCUGCUUAUUAUCGACUUCAUUGGGCAAAUAUACUUUAUAAACGAUAUAGCCAAAUGGAAAAUGUCUCGAUGAAGAAAAAGCUUGAUGAAGUUAGUCAACUUCUUCAAACGGUAGAAGAAGAAUCAAAAUCAUCGUCCGAUGAAGAUGACUAA